AUGAUAUGCCAAGCCCAUUAUUCCAAUGUAUUAUUUCUGUUUUAUUUAUUUUUGACAUAUCAAAUAGUAAGAAGCAAUCCCUUAGAUGAAGAAGAUAAGGAUUUAAACAUAACCAUUGAAGUACUUAAACACGAACUACCAAAUCAAUUGCCUCUUGGCGAUAAUAUUACCAUUAUUUGUAAAACUAAGUGGAUGUCAAGCGAAAUGAUGUGGACAUUCAAUGAUAAAAACAUUUCAGAACAAGCAGGCUUUAAGUUGGAGAUGGAAAGUGAAAAUAUCAACAAAGAGUCUGGUAAUAAGUUUGAAGUUUCUAUUUUACACAUCCUGAGUAUAGAUUUCAACCAUGUAGGUAAUUACAAGUGCCAUGCAUUUUUAAAAAGAAAUGACACUGACUUUGAUCUAGAUUUGCGACAAAUUUUUUUAAAUGUUACCUCUCCAGCUCAAAUAGUACAAAUAUCCAAACCAACAUAUACAAAAAUGCAUGAAACUGUAGAAAUAUUUAGCAUUGUCAAAGGUUACCCUAUUGAGGAAAUUAAAUGGUUAAAAGACAAUGAACCUCUAACUGAUUUUACUUGGGAAAUUAAAGACAUUAAUAUUACACAUAAAAAUACUUCACUGAAAUUUGAAGUGUCUAAAAAAGACAAUGGAACUUAUACUUGCCUGGUUUCAACACCUACUUCUCAAGCUAGCAAUUCCACUGAUGUGUUGGUCCUUGAUAAACCACAGAUUACUUUAGACUUUAUCAAACCAAUUGGUGUAAAUAAAAUAUACUUCAACUGGACUGUUAAUGAUGGCAAUAGCCCAAAUGAUUUGAAAUAUAUUAUCCAAUACAAAUCUGAAGAUGACAAGGAAUGGGUCUACUAUCAAUCAAUGAUCAAUGCUAGCAGCACUUCUUUUGUACUAACUGUAAGGAAUAACACUUCAACUAAAAAGAAUUCAUCUUAUACAAUAAGAAUUAUGGCAACUAACUCUCAAGGUGAAAGUAUGUACUCUACAAGUAAUCUGGUAAAAUUGCUGGAUGAAGAACCCAUAGUCAUACCUAAAGUUACUGUUACUGGGGUGACAUCUAGCUCCAUCACCAUAAAAUGGACUCCACCUCCUGACAAAUUUAAAGAUCACAUACAUUACUACCAACUCAUACUUAGAGCAGUGAAUGCUAUUGAAAUAUUUGAAGCUGUCCAACCUGCAGUCAAAGACUAUCUCUACAUGUUCUCAGAUUUAAACUCGGCUACUACUUAUGAAUUUCAAGUGGCGGCUUGCAGUGAUUACAGCAAAGAGUGUGGACCAAUGUCGCAAAUUGCAAAUGGUACAACUAUGGAUGGCACAGCAGGUCCACCGUCUAAUGCCUCAGUUGAGUGCAGAUUUGAUAAUAUUAGCCACACAAACUUCGUUUUUGUAUCUUGGCAGCCUCCAGUGGAACCUCAUGGAACAAUACAGUCAUAUAGUGUCACUUUAGAGGGAUCUGCAAUAUAUUUAAACGAUCAAGGCCAGCUGGACAAUAUUACUUGGGGCCCAAAAUCCACUAGUAUCAGAGAGAUAACCUUGAAUACACGAUUUUACAAUGUUUCGGCCAACACUAACUAUACUGUAAGAAUAUGUGGUGUAACUGGUCUAAAAAAAAAUGGUCAAUUUGUAACUCUAAACUGCACAAUGCCUCCAACAUUGCCUGACAAACAAAAACUUGCUAGAUUACAUUGGAAAAAAAUGGAAGAGCAGGGUAGAUGGAUGUUCAAACUGUUUAUGCCAAGGAUAUCUGAAAGAAAUGGCCCCAUUUGUUGCUACAGAAUUUACCUUGUCCGAAUGGAAGAUCAACAAAAAUUAUCUGAUUUACCUAAUCCUGAAGACCUGACAAUUAUGUCAUACCAAGAAGCCCACAGGACACCUAGGGGAGGAGCUUAUGUAGCAGAAAUGUUUACAAGCUCUGCUUUUCAUAAUGAAGUAUUUUUGGGGGACGAACAGGUUUAUAAUACAUCAAACAGUCAAUGUGAUGAAUGUAUAGGAUUGAGGCCUUAUAAUACUCCUAGGGAAGAAAAAAUUAAAAAUGCCACAAAUCUAGCAAACAGAGUAAGAAGAAACGAAAUUUUAACUGAUCCUCUUCUGCCUUAUGAUGGAAAUCUUGAUAUUAACAGCAAUUACACAGGAUUUGUUGAAAUAAUAGUUCAUGGAGAAGCCCAACCAUUAUUCCUGGCAGCGUAUAGCAAUUAUCUGGAUAUGAUGAAUCCAGGCCCUGAAGUGGUAGCAGCUCCAACAGCAGGAACUUUAAGUCUUAUAGUCCAAAUUCUGUGCGGUCUUGUGGUGGUCAUAUUAGUUCUCCUUGGAGCAUUGUGUAUUUUACAUCGAUAUACCAAGCAAGCUCAUGCACAGGCAGUGGAAAUGAUUACAUUUAGAACGUCGUUAAGGGGCUUUAGGGGUCGCCAACGGCUGGUAUCACUUAAUCCUCCUGACAUGUGCCCUAUUAGUAAAUCGGAUUUGGUUUCUGCUUACAUAGAACAUCACAGAGACUCAGACUACGGGUUUCAGCAAGAGUUUGAAUUAUUGCCAGAUAGAUUUUCUGAUCGAACAACGCGAGCUUCUGAUACAAGAGAGAAUGUGUACAAAAAUAGAUAUCCCGAUAUUAAAGCAUAUGAUCAAACUCGGGUGAAGCUGACGCAAGUUGACAGUAUUGCUGGCUCAGACUACAUAAACGCUAAUUACGUGAUGGGUUACAAAGAAAGGAAGAAGUUCAUUUGUGCUCAAGGUCCCAUGGAUACUACCGUUAACGAAUUCUGGCGAAUGAUUUGGGAACAACACCUCGAGUUGAUUCUUAUGCUUACCAAUCUUGAGGAAUACAGCAAAACCAAGUGUAGCAAAUAUUGGCCUGACAAAAGUGAUGGUGAUAAAAUUUUUGGAGACAUUACAGUUACACAUUUACUAGAAACCAGAUACUCGGAUUACAUAGUUAGAGAAUUAAAGAUAAUAAGGACGAGUAACGGCAAGGAAUUAGAAGAAAGGAAUAUAACCCAAUACCAUUACUUAGUUUGGAAAGAUUUCAUGGCUCCUGAACAUCCCAAUGGUAUAAUAAAGUUCAUUAAAAGAGUGAACGAAGCUUAUUCAGUAGAAAAAGGUAGUAUUUUGGUUCAUUGUAGUGCAGGUGUUGGCAGAACAGGGACUUUAGUAGCACUUGAUUGUUUACUUCAUCAAUUAAAAGAAGAAGGACAUGUGUCUAUUUUCAAUACGAUUUGUGAUUUAAGGCAUCAGAGGAACUUCCUAGUCCAGUCUCUGAAACAGUAUAUUUUUAUUUAUCGAGCUCUCAUGGAAGUUGCUCAAUAUGGUGAUACAGAAAUAAAUUCCAGUGAAUUGAAAAAUACGCUGGAAAAGUUAAGGCAGUGUGAUAAUGGCAAAAAUAAAUGUAAAUUAGAAGAAGAAUUUGAAAAUAUAAUAAACGCUUUUGAAGACAGAAAAUCCUGUUCAGUGGCUAGCGGCGAGGAGAAUCGCGAGAAGAAUCGCUGCGACAGUAUCAUUCCAUACGAUAGAAAUAGGGUUAUACUUACACCUCUAUCAGGCAAAGAACAUUCCACAUAUAUAAACGCUUCUUUCAUUGAAGGUUACGAUAAUAGUGAAUCAUUUAUUAUCACACAAGACCCGUUGGAAGGAACUAUCAACGACUUUUGGCGGAUGGUUUCCGAGCAAGGAAUCAGUGUUAUAGUGAUGAUUUCUGAAGUUGGUGAGGGGAAAUGUCCGAGAUACUGGCCAGAGGAAGAGGCGAACUAUGACCACAUACACGUUCGGUACGUGCAAGCGGAGAGUUGUCCGUAUUACACGAGGCGAGAAAUGUGUAUUAAGAGCAGGGAUGGGGAGGAUCAGAAAGUCACUCAUUUGCAAUAUCAUGGGUGGCCUACUGUAGAUGGAGAGGUACCUGAAGUUACAAGAGGGCUCAUUGAGCUAGUAGACUUUUCUCAAACAGUGCUAGUGAGAAACGAAUGUUCAUCUUCAAUGGUUAUCCAUUGUAAUUUAGGAUCAGACAGAAGUUCGAUGUUUGUCGGACUCAGUAUACUUGUACAGCAACUUAGGACUGAAAGAAGGGUUGAUGUAUUCACAGUUACAAGAAAAUUAAGGUCGCAAAGACACGCCAUGAUCAACUCUUAUGCACAGUAUGAAUUUUUACAUCGAGCUAUUGUGAAUUACGCAGAACUUCAUGGACUCUGUGAAAUAUAA